AUGUCGGCACAAGCGUCUUCCAGCGGCGCUACCGAUGCGUCUCGAACCGGCCAUAGCGAUGCCACAACAACGCCUGAAAAGGGCCAGCCCAGCCGCAAAGCUGCCCUCCUGCCCAGUCUCAACUCGCUCGGCUCCUUUCUCGCCAGUGCAGGUGGCCUUUCUGGCGGCAAAGCAGGUCAAAGCGCAUCUGACAUCCCACGCACCGAUGCCGAGCUCAUGAUCUCAGACCCAACUCCCACCGAGUGGGCCGACGAGCUGAGUCCCACCAAGGGCACUUUCAGCGCGAAAGCCUCAAGCUCCAUCACACCGCGUAAUUUGAGCGAAGAAGUCCGCUUCCGUGGAAACGCAAGGCCUAACCGCAACGAUAACUCAGAUAAGCAGUCUUUCAUUGCCUUUCCUGCGCCCACACCGCCCACCGCGCCUCUUCUGCGCGAACUGGACGGCAGCGAUAAGCGACCCGCCGGGUCAAGGACCUCUUCCACGACAAGCACUGCGCGAGAGUCAGAAUCGACCCUCGCUCGCUUCAUUCACAGCCCCGAGCCCGCCGACAGCACCGUCUCGUCUUCCAUCGAUACACCCCCAACUUCAGUCAGAGAUUCUCCGCGAUCGUCAGCCAAAGACGCACGGCCGCUGCCCUCUGUAUCGCCUCCGCCUCCAUCGGAGUCCACCAUCAAGGCCGAACACCAGUCCAACGCAUCCACCUUCCGUGCUGAUCCAGCUCGCUCCAACCAGACUCUGCCACGCUCCUUUGCUGCUUCUCGAUCGCCGGCGUCCUUCACAAGAAGCUCGACCUCGGAUGCGAACGCAGAAGGCAGCACGUCGGGCCCCACAACGGUCAACGGUGGACGCAAAGCUUCAAAGCAACUCGAAGAGGCCUUGGAGAGCGACGAGAAGACCGCGCGCAGAGCAUCCGGCCUACGCGCUCGAUCCAUCAACGGACUCCGCGGUCUAGCAGCUGCGUGGGUACCCGCCCGCUUCAACCCUGCUUCGCUUCCAACGAGCUCUGCGUCCUCCUCCGCUUCGUCGAACGGUGAUGAUUCGUCGCUGAGCCCGCACAGCACGCGACGACGGGAUGGCAUGGCGCUGGUGACAACGUCAAACGACAAGACUAUGGUUCGUCACGGAGCGAAUGACGGCAAGCGCCCGGUGAAGCUCGAUCGUCGUCGUCUCGAUAAGGCGGUCAGCUUGGCGGUCGAGGCAGCGCAAGCGGCGGAGGAGGACGAGAGGCUAUGGGAGGAGAAGCGCGCCAAGAAAGCAGCGCAAAAGGAAUCCGCCAAUGGUCGGCCCGCUUUGAAAUCGGCAGGAUCCAGUACGAGUCAGGGCAGCCAACGUCAGUUGGCUCGCGUUGCCGGCUCCGGCUUGGAUGCAGACUUGGUCUCGGACGGAGAGGAGGACGAAGACGAAGAUGACCUUGGCUUUUCGCUCGACCUGUACAUCUCGUCGCUCGGCUACCUCAUCGCUGCCAUCUCGGACAAGGAGGCGUCCGGCCUCAACGACAAGCAGAAGCAGGACAUCCAGAAGCGUCUCGAGGAAGGCAUGUCCAAGCUUGGCUUUGAUGCCAAAGCCGAGCUCGAGCAGGCAGAGGCCUUGAAGCGCGAGUUGGAGCUCGAACGAGAGAAGUUGAAGCUGCAACGAGAGGUCGAGGCUUCGCCCGCCAACGUCAUUCAUCAUCAUUAUCAUACGGCGAUGCCCAGCAGCUCCAUGUUUGGCGAUGCUACCUUUUCGCGUGCCCAUGCUGCGGCGAAAGCUUCGUCGCGGGGGUCGUCGUCGCUGGCGGGCAAGAUCAGCUCUUCGGUGCUCGAUGUCGGUUUGCAUAUCGGAGCGGGAGCGCUGUCUGCUCUCUCGGCGAAUCUUUCGGCUAUUGCACCAGGAGGUGGGGGUCGCAAAGCAUCGGGUGGGUCGGCGUCAUCCAAGGCGAGUGGUAUGGAGGAUCCGCGCAUCACCGAUCUGGAUAACGACGAAGACCUCAAGAGCAUGUCCGAGGCACAAGCGGCGCAGACAGCAGCGUCUCAGCCUGGCAGUGGAGCUGCGACACCUCGAACAGCCUGGACGAGGGCAAUCAGCCAGAACAACAAGCAGUGGGAGCUGGCAGUCGCUUUCGCCAGCACGGCCGCUUCGGCGCUGGCGAGCAGUCUUGGUGCUGUUGCGCGAGAUGACAAGGUGGACUCACGUUCCACCUCGACUGCGGUGAGCACGGUCGACGGUCAGAUCGGCAACGGCCCUCUGACGCACGAGCAGCAAGUCUACCUGGCCAAAUACGGCCAUCUCGACGGUGCUCCCGCUUCGGAUGAGAGCAUCGAGUCGGCCGAGGAUCGGCUCAUCCUGCUGUCCGCUUCGCUAGCUCGGUCGCUGAAACGUUCUCCGCUUCCGACGCAGCUCUAUCAGCUGCUCCGUCAGCUGGUUUCGAUCCUGGCUGCCAUCGAUUCGAAAUACAGCCUGACGGAGAAAGGCACGCAGCUGGCGGUGCGCGAGACGAGCCGCGCCAUGCGCUUCGUUCGUCGACACGAUCUCCACGUCAAAGCCGUACGAGUGGCAUGGGCGGCAGCAGAGGCGGCGGUCGCUGCGCUCGAAGCGUAUCGCGAUGAACGAGGAUGGAUGGAGGUGCAGCAGCAGCAGAGGCUUGCAGCCGGAACCAACGAAGGCAGUCCGUACAAUGCGAUUUUGAGCGGCGGGACGACGCCUCUGUACAGCGGGUCUCCGCCGAAAGACGGGGCGCGGCUGGCUAUUGCGGAUCGGACGACGGUGGAGGCGCAGAUCGAUGAUGCGGAGAAGCAGAUCUUGAAGGCGGCCCAGGGGGAGAGUUCCAAGAAGAAGGCGGGUGUGAAGGCGUGA